CAAACAGAUUAAUAAAUGAAUAAAUAUAUAACUAGAUGAUUGAAUAAGUAUAGAGUAUGUUUAUGCAGCAGUAGUAAUUAGCAUUGAUUUCUUGGAGGCAGAGCAGUAAACCAAAACUUAUAAAAGAAGCAUGUGUCUGGGGAAAAGGGACAGUGCUACAGAGAGAGAGAGAAAAAAUAAUUCAAUAUGAAAUUGUUGAGUUGUGUUUGGAAAUUAAAUAUCUAAAAAGUUCCAGUAUUUUGUUUUUGCCAAUAUCUUACAUUUACAGAGAAAAAUGGAGCUGGAGCCACUUUAAGAGAGGUGAGCAAAAACCAGAAAUGAGCACUAACACCAUCUGAUACACUAAAUAUUUUUUCACUAUAGGGAAAUCAUCUGAAGACAGUGUUCAGGUUGUGUGCUACUGUUCUGUGGGUUACAGGUCAAGCGCUCUUGCUCAGGAGUUGUUGUCUGAAAUGAGAAAGCCUGCUUAUGAAGAAAUAAAAUCGAAGAUUAGUAUUUAUAAUUUGGAAGGUUCAAUCUUUAAAUGGGCCAAUGAGGGUAAAGACCUCGAAGACAACAGAGGAAGGAAGACUACAGUUGCACACCCUUACAGUAGUCUGUGGGGAAAGUUACUGAAUGCAGAGCUGCGGUGCUCAGAACCCUCUGAAUCUGAUGAGAAUCAAGAGAAAGAUCAGAAUAAUUCAUCACCAAAACCAAGUAAAAUGUGAAUGGUUGAGAAAGAUUGGUAACAGGUAGGAAGCUCAAAAUUAGUUGUUGCCAGAGCAGAACAAACACUUAGAGUCAUAUUACUGUCUUCAAAAAGUAGCAUACAAGGCUACAUUAUUAAUCCUUUCACUCCUCAGAGUGACCAAACAGAAAUAUUCGCACGUUUUCAAAUAAAAAGGUGAUAAGAAGCAAAGAAACAAAAUUCGAGAUACACACAAUCUGAUUGUCCAUUUACUAUGACAUCGGAAACCAACUGAUUGAUUUAAAAGUAUCGGUGCUAAAUAAAACGACGUUUGAUAUAGUGGAGUUUCAUUGACUUUUUCCAUAAGCGGCUACCAAAAGUGUAAUAUACGGCUGAGCACGAAAAAGGGGCCGUAAGGCAAAACCCUAACAAGAGAGGC